CAGGUUUCGGGCCCUCAGGCGGAGCGGCGGGCGCCGGACCCCCAAUGGAGCGACAGGUCUCGGGCCCCAGGCGGAGCAGCGGGCGCCGGAACCUACAGUGCCCAGGUGGAGCGACAGGUCUCGGGCCCUCAGGCGGCGAGCGGCGGGCGCCGGACCCCCAUGCGGAGCGACAGGUCUCGGGCCCCCAGGCGAAGCGGCGGGCACCGAGUCACCAGGCACGACAGUGGGCUCCGAGUACAACUGGCACAUGAACCGCUGGCACUAGGGUUCAGACAUUGGAUCGUCUGGCUUGGACAGUCGUGGCAUCGGGUCACCAGCAUCAGGUCCCAUUUGGCUCGACAGCGGGCACCGCGUCAUCUGGCAAGGCAGUGGGCUCCGAGUCAACUGGUAUGACCGCGGGCACUGGUUCAGACAUUGGAUCGUCUGACUGGACAGCAGGCAUCGGUCACCAGGCAUCAAGUCAUUUGGCUCGACAGCCCCGCGAGCACCGCGUCAUUUGCAAGGCAGUGGGCUCCAAGGUCCCAACUGGCAUGACCUCGGGCACUGGGGCA